AUGAACUCGCGAAUAAAUCGUGUUUUAAAUGUAUACACAUGCCAAUAUUCUCACGAUAAAAUUCACUUAUUUAGGAUAAGUGAAACGGCUCUAAAAUAUGGGGACGAUGAUGAAUUUGAUGAUAUUGUUGGUGAUUAUGAUGGUGGUGAUGAUGAUGAUGACGAUAAUGAUUUUUAUGAUAAUGAUGAUGGUGGUGAUAAUGAUGAUCGCGAUGACGAUGAUGUUGAUUAUAAAGAUGAUGCCAGUGAUCAUAAUGAUGAUCAUGAAGAUGAUGAUCAUAAUGAUGAUCACGAUCACGAUGAUGAUGAUGAUCAUAAUGAUGAUCACGAUGACGAUGAUGUUGAUUAUAAAGAUGAUGCCAGUGAUCAUAAUGAUGAUCAUGAAGAUGAUGAUCAUAAUGAUGAUCACGAUGACGAUGAUGAUGAUGAUCAUAAUGAUGAUGAUGGUGGUGGUGGUGAUGAUGAUCGCGAUGACGAUGAUGUUGAUUAUAAUGAUGAUGCCAGUGAUGAUAAUGAUGAUCAUAAUGGUGAUGAUGGUGGUGAUGAUGAAGAUGAUGAUCAUGAUAAUGAUGGUGAUUAG